GAGAUUUUUAGAAAAAAAGGGUUGACUGGCAGCAGUUACUUUGUAUCGGCCGCUUCUAGUUAUGGAGAAACGGGGCUGCUCUGGGCUCCUCCUCCUGGUCAGCGAGCCACAGCUCUAGUGCCUUAAACAUGGAUCUUCACAACAGGAGCUGUGGUGAAAUCCGUCCCCGAGGGGCACUGGGAUUGGUAGUUCUCACGAAUCAGUUACGAGAGCUGUGAGGUGCGUUGGCUGUGAGAACCUGGAGUCUGACAUUUAAGGCAGAAAAGGGCCUCACCUGCCCUGGCCAAAGCAGCUUUCUUCCCUUGGGCUGGUGCCUGAGGUUGGCGGUUGUUCAACACCGCCAGGAGGGAGAAGGGAGAACACGGGUGUCCUGAAUUGUGACAGAGAAGGGGAGGAACUCUGUGUUUGCAGAAAUGGAGGUCUUGCUGAGAUCCAGUAACAGCUUUUUCCUGGUUCUAAAAGCUUCUGAGGUUUCUCUUGAUUUGAGUACACCACUGGAGACGUGUGUUGUGGGCAGGCAUGGGCUGCAGGGAUGUUCAUGCAGCAACAGUGCUGGCCUUCCUCAGUGGGACAGCAUCAGUGGCCGGACUCCUUGCAGCAGUUCUGCUUCCAAACUGGAGGCAAAUGAGACUGUACACGUACAACAAGAACGAGAGGAAUGUGACCAUUUACACUGGACUCUGGAUCAAGUGUGCUCGCUUUGAUGGGAGCAGAGACUGUGUGAUAUAUGACCCGCAGUGGUACACGGCGGUUGAUCAGCUGGAUUUGCGCGUUCUUCAGUUUGCCCUUCCACUGAGUAUGUUCACUGCUGUCUCAGCUCUGUUUCUCUGCAUGAUUGGCAUGUGUAACACAGCCUUUGUAUCAAGCGUGCCAAACGUCAAAUUGGCGAAAUGCCUUGUGAACAGUGCAGGCUGCCACCUCGUGGCUGGCCUCUUGUUCCUCCUCGCAUGUGCAAUUUGUCUCACUCCGUCAAUCUGGGUCAUUUUUUACAACAACUAUCUGAACAGAAAAUACGAGCCUGUCUUUAGCUUUGACAUCUCUGUAUUUAUCGCCAUUGCCAGUGCUGGUGGUCUGUUUUUCACUUCUGUUCUUUUAUUUCUGUGGUAUUGUGCAUGUAAGAGCCUGCCUUCUCCCUUCUGGCAGCCCCUCUAUUCACAUGCCCCCAGCAUGCACAGCUAUGCCUCUCAGCCAUAUUCUGCACGCUCUCGCCUCUCUGCCAUGGAAAUUGACAUUCCUGUUGUGACACACACAUCUUAAAGGGACAAAGUCUUGGAAGUCAAAUUUUUGAGCUCACUCAAACCGUGCAAAUUGCAGGCUUGAUUGUCUCUACUGCCUUGCACUGGGUAUAAUCAUUUGUAAGGUCAUUUUCCCCAAGAUGCACUGCAAUGGAGACUUGAGAUCAGUAUCUCUGUUGUUCUCAUGUGUUCUUCCUUGAACAGCCUUCGUAAUUUUUGUUUGUUUGUUUGUUUCUUUGCUUUUUCCUCUGAGCUCAUUACAGACAAAAAUUGCUGCUAAUGCUGGGAUAGGACACUACAGUAUUAUCUGUUCGUGCAGGUCGUCCUGCAUAUCUGUUCAUCCUUCUGCUUAUUGAGAUCAAAGCAGGUUUGAACCUCUUUGCUACUUUGAUGAACCGUUUUUAAAUUCUGAUCCCAUUAGAGGAGCUGUGUACAUGGACCCUUGCAGCCGUGUAUUAUCCAGGUGCACACAGUGGGAAUGGAUAUAGGAGUUUCAUUAAGUUUCUUGUUAGAGAUGAGAAAAUAACCUAGCGUAGUCAGAAGUGUGUUAUUAGUGGGAGCGGGAAGGUGAUUAAGAAAUGGGUUGCAGAGCUUUCAUCUGGACACGUGUAUUUUAAGAUCGCAUGACUGAAAAGGGGAUUUGUCAGACUAAUUCAGUUCUGUAGCACUGCUCUCUGUUUUGCAGUGCACACACAAAAAGCCACCUGCUUGUGAACUUCUGCGGUAGAAAGUAGAGUCAAAUUACCUUUUAUUUUCAAAGUAGCUUUUGAAAGGAAUAAGUGAUUUAGCUAAUAACGUCCUUCUGAACUGUGAGAACGAUUGGUGAAUUACUGGAGACUAGAAACUUCUGUGAAUUUUUUUUCUAGUCUUUUUUUAAGAAGUUAGUAAAUUCUCUAGAUCUGUUUUGAGAUUAAAACAGAGACGGCUUGUAUUUAAAACAAAAUUUCUUUAAAAGAUUGAAUGUUUUAUUUGGAUGCCAUCUUCAAGACUUGAAAGAUGGAUUUGCAAGUCAAACAAGCUUACAAUCUAUCUGAAAUGCUUUAAAGUAUUAUUCUGUUCUGGGGAGAAAUGUCAGUCACUACAAAUGGAUUAGGAAAACCAUGAAGAAUUCUGAAGGCUGUGAAAGAUUGUUUUAGAAUGCUGUACACAAGCUGUAACAAUGUCUCUCUAAGAAGGGAAUUGUGAUCCUGUGGAGAGAUUUUUAAAUCUAGAUUUAUUUAUUUUUUAAUGUGCAUAUACACAAACUCAUUGUUACUUGUAUUUUUUACCACUGCUGUUUACAGGAAGCUUUAUAGUCUGCAGUUGUUGCAGGACUUUCAUGCUGUAGCUUAUUUAAUUACUGAUUAAGACUUUGCCCUUUCAGCCUUGUUUUCCCACACCUUUCCACUGAGCUAUUUUAAAAGCCAGUUGUUUCCUACAUUUCCACAUCCCAGCUGGAGAAAGUGUCCUGUUCCUAUUUGCUGUAAGAUGUGAGCUCACAAGUUAUUAGAUGCUUCAAAUAUGAGGACGGGUUAUAAAUGCCCAACCUGGUAUGUUUAACUCAUUUUUACCUCCUUGAAUGCAGAGUGGGCCAAAUCUGCGGGAUCAAAGCUUUUCAGUAUGGACUUUGAAAUUACUCAGAAAUUUGAUGAUAGUGCAUUGGGCACUGUUACAGUUAAGGCAGUUGUUUGACUUGCUGAGAUUUUGGCAAAUUGAGGUUUGGGUUUUAAGAUGUCAUGGCAGUAUGGAAAGUUAUUUUGAUUGGCAGCGUUCUGGAGGUUAACAGAUAUUUGAAUUUCAUUAAUCUCAGAAGAAAUUUGUUUUGCUAAACUGAAGUAAGAGAUCUUUAGUUCUAUUUCUGUGAACUCCUGUAAGGUCUUGAAAAUCAGUUCAUUUCCUUUAUAAUAGAAAUGUGAACAAAUCUUGGGCAAAUCUUGUGUUACAGUCUGUGCAAUGACAGUGUAGUGAGAGGAAUCUCUUUGUGCAAACCAGCAGGCCUCAGAAGCUAGUGGACCAAGUGAGGAAGAUGGUCUCUGUUGUAAGUUUCCAGCACAGCCAGUGGAGCUACAAAGCCCUUCCAGAAGGUGACAGUGUGCUUGGUGAAAUAGCAGUCUAAGGAAUCACUGUAGAUGAUAAAGAAUCCUUGAAUAGACAGGCCUCUGAAGUUGCACAAACAUUAUAUCCUUUAAGAAGAUAUUCUGUUACAAGAUAUUAUGUUAGAUGAAGGAUCAUUUUUUUAAAUCAGGUCAUUAUUUGUAUGGGAUUAGAACAUGUAUAAUGCCAUGCAAGGUCACUUUUUUUUUUUUACUUUAAAAUGGAACUUUGCUUUACUGUUACUCUUGCUGUCUAACCACAGACAUUGUUGCUGCUGCAGGGACUGCUGCUUUGUGAUUUCACAUCGCUUUGCUUCCUCCUCCAGUGUCUUUUCUUCUUUGUGCCUUGCUUAAGUUAUGAGUUGGCCAGUAAAUGUCUGUUUAUUGUCAGUGUCUGGAAUGCUUUUUACACCUAAAUUUAUAAAGCAUUGUGACUGUUUUGGAGGGGUGAUGAGUACAUCUGUGAGUGACUUUAAAAGGACCCAAAUCUUCAAUAUCUUCAGAGCCUGGCAGGCCAAUGCUUUCUUCGGACAGCAAGUGCAGCCUGUGUUUGGUUCUGUGUAGUUUAGAUAGCAGACAUCUGUAAGAACUCUUUUGCAUUCCAACUUUGAUUUAUAUGCAUUAAACUUUCAAUUAGUAUUUGCUGCUGCCUGAGCUGAUAACUUGUUGCUUUGUAAAUUAUGUCUUUUCAAAAGUCUGAUCUAUGAAAAGCAGGAAUCCAAAAGUUAAUGGAUUCCAGUGCAAGCCGUAGUUAAGGUAAUAUUCAUCAAAAAAGGCUGUUGCUUCAUGCACAGCUAAGUCUCUUUUAACAGUGCUAUUAAUGUGAGUUGCCACUGGAUCCUAAGUGAAGUUAGCUCGAAGUGCUGUGCUCUUUUUCACCUUGUUUACGGAAGGGGUGGCCAACCUGCAAUGCUUGAGCUGAGUUCCACUGAGUUCCAGUGGGUCUCUUGCUAAGGUAACUGCUGUACCCAGCAGUAAGCCUGGGGAGGAACAGCGUUCCUGGUGCUUGGAGCAGACACAUGUCCUGCAAUUCUCUAUGGCAGGGAAGAGCUGCUGUGGAACCAUUGGCACUCCAGCCUCUGGCCAGCUGCUCCUUCCUGAACAGGCACUCUGGGUCUUGAACACAGGAUUUUAAUUUGUAGCUCAUGCAGUCAAAGGUUGGGUGCUCUGGCUUAUGGGAAUCUGGCUUUUUUCUUUGUUGUUUUUUUUUUUUCAAGUAAUUCCUGUCCAAUUUUUAAAGUUGUGUUACAUACAGUGUGGAUUCUUUUUAUGUGAAACAGAAGAUAUGUAUUUUUAAUAAAACAUUCUCAUACGGA